AGAAGCCCGGCUCCAUUGGUUCCUGCAGCGAGUGCCUUCGCUGGGCUCCGCUUUGCAGCUCGUGGACUGGACAACCUUCGCGGAGGCAAAAGGCGGAGGGGAGGCAGCGCGCCGCCUCCUCUCUCUCUCUCUCUCUCUCUCUCAGCAGCUGGAGUUCAGGGAGGAUGCUGCCGGUGGCUCCUCUCCUCCUCCUCCCUGCUCCUCCUCCUCCUCUUUCUCCGUCUCAGCCCCAGCUCGUGCCACCUCCAUCUCCUUCAGACUUCUUCGGGGCCGGAUUAUGAAAUGACCAUUCCUGGUCCCCUCGCCGCCGCCUGGAGCCCGUCUUUCUCGCUUCUGAGGAGGAGGAGGAAGAAGCAGCAGCAGCAGCAGCAGGAGCCGAGGAGGAGGAGGAGGAGAAGCCCCAGCUGGGUCUACCGCCCGAGCCAAGGCGGCUGAAGAAGAGAGGCUGGAAGGGAAGGAGGGAAGGCACUCGGAGCAGCGGCUUCCACACCCCUUUGGCCCAAGUCUGGCCCGAGUGGGGGCUUGAGGAGCCUCCGAUCCGUCGCUCUCCCUCUCUCGCGGACUUUCCCCGGGGACUCUCCUCUCAGGAAAGUCGCGGGACCCUUGACUCCGUGGGGUGAAGAGGGCUCUCGGUGGCUUCCCCGUUCCCAUUCCUCGCACCAUGGGGAAAGGGCUGGACGCCGCCGCUGCCCGCUACGGACUGGGACUGGGAUACUUGCUGCAGAUGGUGGUGCUGCCCGCCUUAGCCAUCCUGGGCGCCAGCAGCCCCGGAUCCGCCGCUGCUCAAGAUGGGAAGGAUUAUGCUAGAGUGCUACCCUCUGAAGAAUAUGUUCGUAUUGGUGAUAUAUAUGAUGACUUUUUUCAUGAGCUCCCAGAAAGCUUUCCUUCUGAUCCUCCAGAGCCCCUUCCACAUUUCCUCAUUGAGCCUGAAGAAGCCUACAUUGUGAAGAACAAGCCUGUGAACCUUUACUGUAAAGCUAGCCCAGCUACCCAGAUCUACUUCAAAUGCAACAGUGAAUGGGUUCACCAAAAGGACCAUGUGGUAGAUGAAAGAGUUGAUGAAACAUCUGGACUGAUUGUCCGAGAAGUAAGCAUUGAGAUUUCACGCCAGCAAGUUGAAGAACUCUUUGGCCCUGAAGAUUACUGGUGUCAGUGUGUUGCCUGGAGCUCGGCUGGCACUACUAAGAGCAGAAAAGCUUAUGUUCGUAUUGCAUACUUACGGAAGACAUUUGAGCAGGAGCCACUUGGAAAAGAAGUGUCUUUGGAACAGGAAGUCCUACUUCAGUGUCGCCCACCUGAAGGAAUCCCAGUGGCAGAGGUUGAAUGGCUGAAAAAUGAAGAAGUGAUUGAUCCCGUAGAAGACCGGAAUUUUUACAUUACUAUAGACCACAACUUGAUUAUAAAGCAGGCACGUCUCUCUGACACAGCCAAUUAUACUUGUGUUGCCAAAAACAUUGUGGCAAAGAGGAAAAGUACAACAGCUGCUGUCAUUGUAUAUGUCAAUGGAGGAUGGUCAACUUGGACUGAAUGGUCAGUUUGUAACAGCCGUUGUGGAAAAGGUUCUCAGAAGCGUACAAGAACCUGCACCAACCCUGCUCCACUCAAUGGGGGUUCCUUCUGUGAAGGCCAAAAUUUACAGAAAAUAGCAUGUACCACCCUAUGUCCAGUGGAUGGAAGGUGGACAGCUUGGAGUAAAUGGUCUACAUGUGGAACUGAAUGUACCCACUGGCGGAGAAGGGAAUGCACAUCACCAGCCCCAAAGAAUGGUGGCAAGGACUGCGAUGGUCUUGUUCUGCAGUCUAAGAACUGCACAGAUGGGCUUUGUAUGCAGAGUUUCAUUUACCCUAUGUCAACUGAACAGAGAACACAGAAUGAAUAUGGAUUUUCUUCUGCUCCUGACUCAGAUGAUGUCGCUCUUUAUGUCGGCAUUGUGAUAGCUGUCAUUGUGUGCCUGGCUAUUUCAGUAAUCGUUGCACUGUUCAUCUACCGGAAGAACCAUCGGGACUUUGAGUCAGACAUUAUAGAUUCCUCAGCACUAAAUGGUGGUUUUCAACCUGUUAAUAUCAAAGCUGCAAGGCAAGAUCUCCUAGCUGUGCCUCCGGACCUCACCUCGGCUGCAGCCAUGUACAGAGGGCCCGUCUAUGCCUUGCAUGACGUUUCUGAUAAAAUUCCAAUGACCAACUCUCCAAUUCUUGAUCCACUGCCCAACUUGAAGAUCAAGGUCUACAACAAUUCAGGUUCAGUUACUCCACAGGACGAGCUCUCCGACUUUUCAUCCAAACUCUCCCCACAGAUCACUCAGUCCUUGCUGGAGAAUGAAGCAUUAAACAUCAAAAACCAGAGUCUUGCACGGCAGACAGAUCCAUCAUGCACGGCUUUUGGCACCUUCAACUCCCUUGGUGGCCAUCUGAUUGUUCCUAAUUCAGGAGUAAGUUUGCUGAUUCCUGCUGGAGCCGUUCCCCAGGGGAGAGUCUAUGAAAUGUAUGUGACAGUUCACCGCAAGGAGAACAUGAGGCCCCCAGUGGAAGACAGUCAAACCCUUUUGACGCCUGUAGUAAGCUGUGGACCUCCAGGAGCACUGCUGACUCGGCCUGUCAUUCUAACAAUGCACCAUUGUGCAGAACCAAACACUGAAGACUGGAAGAUCCAGCUGAAGAACCAAACAGCCCAGGGGCAAUGGGAGGAUGUGGUAGUAGUUGGAGAAGAAAACUUCACUACCCCAUGCUACAUCCAGUUGGAUCCAGAGGCCUGCCAUAUCCUGACAGAAACUCUUAGCACCUACGCCUUGGUCGGGCAAUCAAUCACCAAAGCAGCUGCAAAGCGUCUUAAGCUGGCCAUCUUUGGGCCACUGAUCUGCUCAUCUUUGGAAUAUAACAUCCGUGUCUACUGUCUAGAUGACACCCAGGAUGCUCUUAAGGAAGUACUACAGUUGGAGAGGCAAAUGGGUGGACAACUCCUUGAAGAACCAAAGGCUUUGCAUUUUAAGGGAAGCACUCAUAACCUCCGUUUAUCCAUUCAUGACAUCACCCACUCCCUCUGGAAGAGCAAACUACUGGCAAAAUACCAGGAAAUUCCUUUUUACCAUAUUUGGAGUGGGUGUCAAAGAAAUCUGCAUUGUACCUUCACUCUGGAAAGAUUCAGCCUGAGCACAUUAGAGCUGGUGUGCAAGCUUUGCAUACGACAAGUUGAAGGAGAGGGACAGAUAUUCCAACUCAACUGCUCAGUAUCAGAGGAACCUACUGGCAUUGAAUAUCCACUUGUGGAUCCGGCAGACACCAUCACCUCUAUUGUAGGACCCUGCGCCUUCAGUAUCCCUCUUCCAAUUCGUCAGAAGCUUUGCAGUAGCCUAGAUGCUCCCCAAACGAGAGGUCAUGACUGGCGGAUGCUGGCCCAUAAACUAAAACUGGACAGGUACCUCAAUUACUUUGCCACAAAAUCAAGCCCCACCGGUGUGAUCUUAGACCUUUGGGAAGCCCAGAAUUUUCCUGAUGGCAACCUGAGCAUGCUGGCCGCAGUCCUCGAAGAAAUGGGGAGGCAUGAGACAGUCGUUUCAUUGUCAGCAGAAGGAAAGUACUGAGAAGGCGAGCUUAUAAUGAGAACGAAGGAAUGUUAACCAUGUCAGCUGUGACUUAUUCUAACCGAACGCCCAAACUAAUUUGUUUUCAAACAAGAGGCAUUCCAGAGGGAAAAAAGACACAAAAUCCUGACUUCUCACAUGCAUAUUCUCCUUGUACAUUAUCACAGGAUUUGAAAGAAUUCAUGCAAAGUUGUUACCUUGAUAAUAUAAUUCAGCCUAACAUCCCUCUCAGCUUGGCUGUACACUGCUUGGUACAGGAUUUUACAGUUUCCUAGGAAACGCUUUUUAUUGCUAUCCAGAUAUAUGGAUAAACUUUCUUAACAAUCCCAGUUUCUAUGAACGUUGUUUACAUCAAAUUCUGGGCAGCGGGAUGGAAAUGACUGUCCAUGGCUCUCUUUUUAUAUAUUUUCCUGCUCUUCUUGUUGUUGUUCUUCUUGUUCUUCUUUUGUUAAAAGCCAUUCUAGACCAAGCCGUGGAUAAAGCAGGGUUGUGGCUAUUUUUCAGAUACAUCAUUUCCUAACGCCCAUUGCAGAUCCAUUUCAUGCUUGCAAAUCUGUCCAUUAGGUGUCUUAAAAUAAUCCUUAAAACAAUGCUGUUUCUAGAUUGAGUUGUUAAGCCAGAGUUUCAAAGUCUUGCAUCUGGCAAGGAGAUAAUGUGGAUGCUAAGCAGGAAUGCACGUACCUCUCCCAAUCUUCCGCAGGGAUGCCUGUGUCCUUUGGUGACUUAAACUGCAGGGAUGUUUUUUUUUCAAGUUCAUGAUAUAUCCUGCCUCCAUCAUAAAAUUGUGUGUGUGUAUGUGUGUGAGAGUGAUAUGCAAUUUGGUGUGGUUUGAGCAGGUGCAAAAACCCUACCAAAACCAAAAGAAAAAAUGAAUAAAAAAAAGAAUUUGCUUGUAUGAGUAUUUACUGAAUAGUAUCUAGUGCAAGGAAUAUUAUAUUUCUUAUUAUUAGUAGUAGUAUUAUUUUUUGCUUACCAAAUUUCUGCAGCAUAAUCUUUGUGCAAUGGCAGCAGUAUCUUCUCUAACACUUUCUAAUUAAAGUUUCAUUCUCUUUCCUUUUUGUUUUAGCCACAGAGCUCACCUUAAAGCCAGUUUCAGUGAGCUAAGGAAUAGUUUGCUAUCAAGUAAUGAACAUUCCUUAUGACACAUGUGCCAUUACAAAUAGAUAACAAUGCAUUUGGUGAUAAGGGAGCUCAGCCUACGUAUUGAACAUUUCAUGCAGGGGAAAAUAAUCACAUGAAAGGAAUGUUGCAGAUCAAUCUAUCCUUAAUUUAGACAUGUUUUCUAAGGUGUAGUCAUAUUGGCUUUCCUUUCUGUUUGUCAUAAGGUAACACAGUCCCAUGCAAGUCAGUGAGCCCUGAAUGGAUUUGUCAUCUUCUAGUGAUAACUAGCAGCCUGAGCUUAUGAAUGUUUCUACUUCAUGAAAUAAUGGAUGCCAAUACUGUCAUGGAUAGAGUCCCUCCAAAGAUUGCUCUUGACACAAAAAUGCUUCACCAUUAAAAAGUGUUUUAUGCAGAUUAUUGCAUACUUCUAUGCUAAAGGAACAAAUUGCUAGGGUUUCAUAUUUGCAUUUACUUCUGAAAGUAGAGGCAAAUGUCUAUUUUUGAUAGAUUGCUUGAGUGGUAUCCUUAGGCAUUUGAAGAAGGGUAGUAUAUGGUUAUCUGUAUUCAUAACAGCUAUCUUGGAUACCACUGCAUAGCAAGUGUUUGCAGCAGGGUAUGGUCUGAAUUGCAAUAGGAUAUAUGUUGUUGGUGGCCUGUUCAAAAAUUGGAGAUUGUUCAUUAACUGUGGCUCAUGAGGAAGGUCUUUGCUUGGCACUUGGAAAAGUCUCUUUUUUGUUUUUUUAAUAAAUCACAACCUCCCACUUUGGCAUAUGUAUUCAGCCUCUCCUGUUUCCUACCUGUUCUGGCCAGCACAUACACACACACACACACACACACACACACACACACACACACACACAUAUAUGUAUAUGAGACUGAGAAAUAUUUGGAGGGUUUUUUCAUCUUCACUUUGCAUUCUUAAGCAGGAUUUUAUUUCUCUGAAGGUUCUCCAGUCGGCAUUUCUAACGGUAGCCGUGAAAAUGCCAUUGGUUAACAGAGAAGGUGAAUUUUGUCUGACCUUUUCCCCAUCUUGACAUUUCCACAGGCUUUUAUUUUUCACCUACUGACUGUGUUUUUUAUUCAACACAGAGCAGCCAUUCAUAAAACAUUCUAUGUUAGGAAAGUAGUUGGCCUUCAGCCUUUGAACAGCCAAAAGCAAAAGGUUUUGACUGAGUUCAUUGUGGACACAGGGUCUUUUAAAAAAGUAGUCAAGGUUUAGUCUGGAAUAUUGCAAUUGGGAUUUGCAAGUGAUCCUGGAUCCAGCACAACUCUUUCAUGCAGAGGCAAACUGUAUCCCUCAGAAGUCAGAUUCAGCAACCCCUGGUAUCAGAUGACAUUUCACGUUGCUCUUAAAAUCAGCGUUGGAUUUCAUCAAUGUAAUGUCCCUAAUUAAUGACUAAUGUCUCUGCUGAUUGCUUUCAACUGAGAAGCAGCCUAUUCAAUUUAAUCAUAAUUAUAUAGCUUCAUCUAUUGUGGGGAGGAGACAUUGUGAUACUGCUGCUGUGUUGGAAAGUUAUAGGUCAAUGGUUCUCAACCUGUGAGCCCCCAGAUGUUUGGCCUUCAACUCCCAGAAAUCCUAAUGGCUGGUAAGCUGACUGGGAUUUCUGGGAGUUGUAGACUAAAACACCUGAUGAUCCACAGGUUGAGAACCACUGAUAUAGGUAGAAGGAAAAUGCAUGCUUGGCUACUCCUUAAGCCUAGAUAUUCUCAUGGGAAAAAUUGAAAAUUAGCAACUUCUGCCAUUAAAAUGUAUGCCAAUUAAAGCAAUUAAAAUGUAUGCAGACACACAUACAUGCCCCUGAUUUAUUGUUAACCCAUUCUUUUUUGCUGAGACCAUUUUUGGCAUCCUGAUUUUUGUGGCCCAUGCAGAAGGCGGACUUCAUUAAUUCACUAACAGUAUAUUCCUCCCAUCUUCUCAAUAUUUACCUUUUGCAGUGAAGUUGGAAGGAGAAAUAACAGGGUCGAUAGUAUGCAGACAUUGUCAUCCUCUGAGACCACCAGAUAGUACUGGGAACAUGCCUUUGCUGUGGUGUUUUUAGCCAGACUAAAGUUACUCAACAGGUUUCCUGAAGCCCUAGGUUUCCACAAAGGAUCAGUAGGGGUUCCACAUAAGAUUGUUCUGGGGGGAGGGAGUGGUAAAUAUACAUUUUAUGAAGGGGUUCCCUGAAGCCUGAAUAAACCUUUCAAGGGUUCUUCCAGGAUCAAAAGGCUGAGUGAGGAAGACUGAGCUAGAGAGACUUAGCUGGGUGCUUUUCAGCUGCUCCCAGCCUUCUCCAACCACUUCAUGUCUGAGUUGGGAUGAAGGGAGUAGUGCAAGUUAUGUCCUAUGGGAAGAAAUGGAAGAGAUUGAUCCCAGCCGUGAGGAGAGGCGGGCACAAAAUAAUAAUAAUAAUAAUAAUAAUAAUAAUAAUAAUAAUUAUUAUUAUUAUUAUUAUAUGUUUGAUAGCCAGGAAGAGUUUGGUCAUGAACAAAGCAUCUCACUGGAGUUUCUCAUGGGAAAUAUCCUCGCAGAGCACUUUUAUGUAGGAUCUUGUUUGGUCAUAAAGUUACCAAGCUCUGUUCAGGAACUUAGUGCCUCAACAUUUCUUUUUAUUUCUUUUUGCAUUCAUCAGCAGUCUUCCUUU